AUGAGCGAAAACCCAUUUCUGGUGUCCGCCGUGCUGGCUCCAGCCCGGUCCAGUUCUCCGUCGAUCAAGUUCUCGCAGAAGUCGUUUGAAGACACGGCAUCAGAGCUCCAAACUAACUUGAUAACAGGUCUUUCCAACAGUCAAGACAUCUUGAACAGAAGAUCUCUACAUGGAAUAAACGAGUUGUCCAGUGAAGAAGAGGAAAGCGUCUUUUUGAAGUUUUUGUCGAAGUUCUAUGAAGAUCCGUUGAUUUUGCUCUUAAUCGGCUCUGCCGUGAUAAGUUUCUGGAUGGGUAACGUCGACGACGCAGUUUCCAUCACGUUAGCCAUCACUAUUGUAGUAACUGUAGGGUUCGUGCAAGAGUACAGAUCUGAAAAGUCGCUUGAAGCAUUGAACAAGUUGGUUCCUGCUGAGGCUAAGUUGACGAGAAACGGGUCGACAUCAACGGUAUUGGCUUCAACGCUUGUUCCUGGUGAUUUAGUUCAUUUUUCACAGGGUGACAGAAUCCCUGCUGAUGUCAGACUUACUGAGGCUGUGUAUUUGACCAUUGACGAAUCCAACUUGACAGGUGAAAACAGACCUGUCAAGAAGACCACUGACUCUCUCACACAUACAGGAAGUGACGUCCCUCCUGUAACAAACAGAAGCUCCAUUGCUUUCAUGGGUACCUUGGUCCGUGAUGGCCAUGGCUCUGGUAUAGUUGUAGCAACCGGUGCCAAAACCGAGUUUGGUGCUGUGUUUGAAAUGAUGUCGGAAAUUGAAAAGCCCAAGACGCCCUUGCAACAGGCAAUGGAUAAGUUGGGUAAGGAUUUGUCAAUUUUCAGUUUCAUUGUAAUUGGUGUAAUCUGUUUGAUAGGCAUUUUCCAGGGCCGCUCUUGGUUGGACAUGUUCCAGAUCUCCGUGUCGUUGGCUGUUGCUGCUAUUCCUGAAGGUUUACCCAUCAUUGUCACCGUGACAUUGGCAUUGGGAGUGUUGAGAAUGGCUCGUCGUAAAGCCAUUGUCAGAAGAUUGCCCAGUGUAGAGACCUUGGGCAGUGUAAAUGUUAUUUGCUCCGACAAGACAGGUACCUUAACUCAGAAUCACAUGUCCGUCACCAAGAUAUGGUCUACUGACUUCAAAGGCAGUUUCAACAGUCCUUUCCUUGUCGUUGACAAGUUGGACGAUGAAAAGUUACAUCACCAACUUACUAAGAAUAUUCGUAAAGUGUUGGAAACGGGUAAUGUCUGUAACAAUGCCAGAUAUUCCCACGAGAACGAAAAGUACGUAGGUAACCCAAGUGAUAUCGCUUUGGUAGAAUGUUUGCCUCAUUUUGGCUUGGAAGACAUCAGAGGCACCAGAGAAAGAGUAUACGAGUUGCCAUUCUCUUCCAACAGAAAGUACAUGGCUAUCUGUGUUCACUCUGGUGACAUGGACAAGAACGAGACGUUUGCUAAGGGGGCCGCGGAAAAGAUUGUUCAACUUAGUAACAGAUACUAUGACGAAAAUGGUGAUAUUAAACCGCUUACGGACGAGUUGAGAAACAAGAUUUUGGACAGAUCCCAUGACUUGGCCAACGACGGAUUGAGAGUUUUGGCAUUUGCGAGAAGCAACAAGAAAUUCUUCAACGAGAAACACGAACACAGCGAGCCCAAGGAGUUGGUAUUCUGUGGUUUAGUUGGAAUGAAGGAUCCUCCUAGACCCAACGUAGCGAAGUCCAUUUCGCUCUUGAUGAAGGGUGGGGUUCAUGUGAUAAUGAUUACUGGAGAUUCACCUACGACUGCUAUUAACAUUGCCAAACAGAUUGGUAUGCCGAUUGUGGGCGACUCUUCUGUGAUGACAGGAGACCAGUUGGAGUCGUUGAGUGAACAGGCAUUGGCAGAAGCUAUCCACAAUGUUUCUGUCUUCGCCAGAACCACUCCAGAACACAAGGUCACAAUUGUAAAAGCCUUACAAAGAAGAGGAGAUGUAGUAGCUAUGACUGGUGAUGGUGUCAACGAUGCCCCAGCAUUGAAAUUGGCCGACAUUGGUAUCGCAAUGGGUAAACACGGUACCGAUGUAGCCAAAGAAGCUGCUGAUAUGGUGUUGACAGACGACGAUUUCUCGAUUAUCUUGAAUGCUAUCGAGGAAGGUAAAGGGAUCUUCUACAACAUUCAGAACUUCAUCACCUUCCAGUUGUCCACAUCUAUUGCUGCCUUGACAUUAAUUGCAUUGGCUACAUUUUUUGGCUUGCCCAACCCUUUGAAUGCUAUGCAAAUUCUUUGGAUUAAUAUUUUGAUGGAUGGACCUCCUGCGCAAUCUUUGGGUGUAGAGCCAGUCGAUCACGAAGUCAUGAAUAAACCACCAAGAAAGCGUAACGACAAGAUUUUGACCCAGAUGGUGAUCAGGAGAGUUUUACAAUCUGCUGCGAUGAUCAUCUUGGGUACGUUGUACAUCUUCAUCAAGGAAAUGACCGAUAACGAAGUCACUGCUAGAGAUACGACUAUGACGUUCACGUGUUUUGUUAUGUUUGAUAUGUUCAAUGCAUUGGCAUGUCGUCACUAUUCCAAGUCGAUCUUUGAGCUUGGCCUCAACAACCCCAUGUUCAAUUUUGCUGUUGCCGGUUCGUUGAUUGGCCAGUUCUGUGCUGUAUAUGUGCCAUUUUUCCAGGCCAUUUUCCAGACUGAGGCAUUAUAUUUGAGCGACUUGGUCCACUUGUUGUUCUUGACCAGUACUGUUUUCAUUGCUGACGAAAUCAGAAAGUACUUGCUCAGAAAGAAGAACAACUAUAUGAAUGGAGGAGGCUUUGGAGUCUAA